AUGGAAACCUACAGCCUGCAGGUGAAGGAUGAGCUCCACGGCGGCGGCAUCGGCAUCGGAGGAGGAGGGCAGGGGCUGUACUGCGGCGCUACGCCGAGGCCGGCGGCUCCUGCGGCCACCGGCGGCGGCGGCGGCGGCGGGGACGGUGCUGUGAAGAGUAAUAAGAGGAGUAGGAAGAGGGAGCCGCCGCCGCCGCCGCCGUCGUCCCUGGUGACGAUGAGCAACGGCGGCAAGGACGAGGCGGUCGCCGGCAGCGGCGACAAGUCGGCGAGUAGCAACAGUAACGCGUCCAAGAGGAGCUCAAGGUUCAGAGGCGUAAGCAGGCAUCGGUGGACGGGCAGGUUCGAGGCGCACCUGUGGGACAAAGGGACAUGGAACCCAACGCAGAAGAAGAAAGGGAAGCAAGUUUACCUUGGAGCGUACAACGAGGAAGACGCGGCAGCAAGAGCGUAUGAUCUGGCAGCGCUCAAGUACUGGGGACCUACCACCUACACCAACUUUCCGGUCGUGGACUACGAGAGAGAGCUCAAAGUGAUGCAGAAUGUGUCCAAGGAAGAGUACCUUGCCUCCAUACGAAGGAAGAGCAACGGCUUCUCCCGCGGAGUUUCCAAGUACAGGGGCGUCGCACGGCACCACCACAACGGCAGAUGGGAGGCACGGAUCGGCCGGGUGUUCGGCAACAAGUACCUGUACCUGGGCACGUACAGCACGCAGGAGGAGGCGGCGCGCGCCUACGACAUCGCCGCCAUCGAGUACCGCGGCAUCAACGCCGUCACCAACUUCGACCUCAGCACCUACAUCCGCUGGCUCAAGCCCGGCGGCGGCGUCGAGGACAGCGCCGCCGGCACCCCGACGUCGGGCGUCAGGGCGCCGGGUAUACCGCCGGCGUCGCUGUCCCUACAGGCUGGCGGCCUCCUGCAGCACCCGCACGGCGCCGCGGCCGGCAUGCUGCAGGUCGACGUCGACGACCUCUACCGCGGGCAGCUGGCCGCGGCGCGUGGGGCUGCUCUGUUCUCUGGCGGCAUCGACGACGUGGGCUCCGUGUACGCAGCUGGCAGCGCAGGGCCCAGCCCGACGGCUCUGUGCGCCGGGAGGCCGUCUCCAUCGCCGUCGCCGUCGUCGUCCACCACGGCGCUCAGCCUGCUGCUGCGCUCGUCAGUGUUUCAGGAGCUCGUGGCGCGGAACGCCGGCGGCGGCGCCGCGCAGCAGCAGCAGCUCGUGGUCGCGGACGACGACGGGGCAGUAUCGCCGGCGGACCUGGGUCGUCACGGUGACCAGCUCUACGGCGCGGCGAGGGCGGACGAGGACGAGGACGCGUUCGCCUGCUCCAUGUACGAGCUUGACGACAGCUUCGCGCGCAUGGAGCAGUCGCUCUGGGGCUGCCUACGAUCAUCGGAUGCACCUGAUAAUAUGAACAACCUCUGA